GUCCUCUCCUUUUUCCUCCUUCCAGCGUGGACCCCGAUUCGAGACGACCUCCCUCUCUGUGUUUCCUUCGCCAUGGCCCCUCUCGCAGAUUUCAUUCUUAAGCAUGUACCAUUGCCUUCUCUUCCUAAACAUCUCACCAGCUAUGUACCCGGCAAGACCCCAUUGUCCACACCUCUAGAGGUGUUGCCUGCACUCGGUCUCUAUCUUGUUGUCGUCUUUGGGAUUCAAGCAUUCAUGAAAAACAGGCCCGCUUUGAAACUCCAGUACCUGUUCCAAGCGCACAACCUCAUUCUCAGCAGCGGAAGCGCGAUUCUCCUCGCGUUGAUUGUCGAAGAAGUUGUGCCUAAAGUCUGGAAGCGUGGCUUGUUCUGGGGCAUGUGCAACCAGGGAAUGUGGCUUCACAGCCUUGAGUUUUAUUAUAUGAUCAAUUAUUACUUCAAGUACCUUGAAUUGCUAGACACUGUAUUCCUCGCGUUCAAGAAGAAACCACUCGCUUUUUUGCACGUUUUCCACCAUUCUGCUACUGCUCUAUUGUGCUUUACUCAACUUAAUGGCCAGACUAGUGUGCAAUGGGUCCCUAUCUCUAUCAACCUGCUGGUCCAUGUUAUCAUGUAUUACUAUUACUAUGCCACUGCUGGCGGCGCUCGGAUCUGGUGGAAAAAGUAUCUGACUACUAUGCAAAUUGUUCAAUUCGUCAUCGAUCUCUUCGCUGUGUACUUCGGCACCUACUCGUACUAUGCCGCCAACUACUGGCCUCACCUGCCUAACCUUGGUACUUGUGCCGGAACGGAAGGCGCUGCUAUCUUCGGCUGCGUUUUGCUCUCCAGCUACCUGGUCUUGUUCAUCAACUUCUAUAUCCAAACAUACAAGACGCCAGCCAAGGGCAAGAAGGCCAUCGGAAAUGGCAAGAUUACCAAUGGUUCCGCUAACGGGUGGACACAAGCUCGAGUAGAGCCAUUCGCGAUUCACAGAGAGGGAAUUAGGAAAGGUCCACGUCUCACAUCGAUCGCUUUGAACUCGCAUCCAUCAUCGAUACCCCAACAGCAAGAUUCGUUCCCAUUUAAUACAAGCUUCAUACCUCUAAAAGCCGCUUACGACCAGAUUCGAGUGGUGUAAUAUCUUUUGCUUUCUGUUAUUCAUGCGGCUUAUGUAGGGUAAUAGUAGUACAAAAGCGCGUCAUUCAAACGUGCGGCUUUCGCCACUGUAUGUUUGACAGACACUGUUGUCGAGUAGAUACCCUGACAGAUUCAUGACUGGACGUAGUCCAAAUGACAUGAUGCAUGAAUAAAUCGCACUUUCGGAAAUGAAUGAAACCACAGACCGGUAACCAC